AUGGCAGCUGCUAAAAAUGUAGGUCGACGAUUAUUCGUGGAUCUUGUUUCGAUGGUACCCCAGCCUCUUCCCGAGUUGUCAGUGUCACAAGGAGCACCGAAAACUAAGGAUGGAGAGUUAUUGUUUCAGUUCUCCAAGGAGGAAAUCUUUCAUUCAAUAGAACCUUUUAGGUUCUCUAUAGUUUUGAAAUUUCUUCAGAAUUGUCCUUCUUUGGAUGCCAUCCGAACUUUGAUUCGAAAUCGAUGGAAUCUUGAAGGCACUCCAGUCGUCUCUACCAUGAGGCGUCCCCGGAACGUUUUUAUAGGAAUGGCUUCGGAGGAAGAUUGCAUGAAGGCAUUGUCACAGGAAGCUUGCAACAUCAAUGGGAUCCUAUAUUGUGCAUUCCAUUUGACACCCGAAUUGAAGGAAGAGGAAGAACCAUUUAUUGUUCUGGUUUGGAUUGUAUUGCCAAGUUUGCCUCCUAACUUUUAUCAUGAAUCUUUUCUAAAAAUUUUGACAGCCCUGAUAGGUAGAUUUAUUAGGCGUGAUAAUCCCACGCAUUGUGCAACUCGCACCGAUGGUGCUCGUAUCUGUGUGGGUUGA